ACUCCGGGCCGGGUGUCAGCCGGUAAAGCGGCCCGCAGUCUGGCAGCCGAGGCCCGCGCCGCGUGCCGUCGCUCUUCUCGCCGCACUGGGCGGCCCAGGCCGCUCGCUGCCGGGCCUCCGCCGCCACCAUGUCCUCCUUCUCCGAGUCGGCGCUGGAGAAGAAGCUCUCGGAGCUGAGCAAUUCUCAGCAGAGCGUGCAGACCUUGUCCCUGUGGCUCAUCCACCACCGCAAGCACGCGGGACCCAUCGUCUCCGUGUGGCACCGCGAGCUCCGCAAAGCCAAAUCAAAUAGGAAGCUCACUUUUCUGUACUUAGCGAAUGAUGUCAUACAAAACAGUAAAAGGAAAGGACCUGAAUUCACUAGAGAGUUUGAAUCUGUCCUUGUGGAUGCAUUUUCUCACGUUGCCAGAGAGGCAGAUGAAGGCUGUAAAAAGCCUUUAGAAAGAUUGCUGAACAUCUGGCAAGAAAGAAGUGUGUAUGGCGGCGAGUUCAUACAGCAGCUGAAGCUGUCUAUGGAGGACUCCAAGAGCCCUCCCCCGAAAGCAACAGAAGAGAAGAAAUCUCUGAAGCGAACUUUUCAGCAGAUACAGGAGGAGGAGGAUGAUGACUAUCCAGGAAGUUACUCUCCCCAGGAUCCUUCUGCAGGGCCCCUCCUGACAGAGGAACUCAUCAAAGCUUUGCAGGACCUGGAAAAUGCUGCAUCAGGGGACGCUACUGUCCGACAGAAAAUUGCUUCUCUGCCCCAGGAAGUACAGGAUGUUUCUCUUCUGGAAAAAAUAACAGACAAAGAGGCAGCUGAACGUCUUUCAAAAACAGUAGAUGAAGCAUGUCUGUUACUCGCAGAAUAUAAUGGGCGUCUGGCAGCAGAACUGGAAGACAGACGCCAGCUGGCUCGGAUGCUGGUGGAGUACACCCAGAAUCAGAAGGAUGUUUUGUCAGAAAAGGAGAAAAAGCUAGAAGAAUAUAAACAGAAGCUUGCGCGAGUCACCCAGGUCCGCAAGGAGCUGAAGUCCCACAUUCAGAGCUUGCCAGACCUCUCUCUGCUGCCCAAUGUCACAGGGGGCUUGGCCCCCCUGCCCUCUGCUGGUGACCUGUUUUCAACUGACUAGGACAGGUGUUGUGCCCCAGAUUCCCAUCUGUACCAGCAGAAAGAAGAGUGCAAGUCGUGGUUGGAAAUGACCUGCCCCACCUCUGCCCCGUCUUCAGCCAGCCCUUCCACCUCAAGAAAGAACCAUGGACUCGGACCCUGCUCUCCAGCCGCUGUGGAGCAGCUUUGGACAGGCGCGAGUGGGACACGGUUGAGAUUCAAGCUGGAAAGAACGCGGACUCUUCCUCCCGCUGCAUGUUCUUGUGCCCCUGCUGGUUGUCCAUGCUUAGCGCACGCGGUCGCUCUACAACCAAGAAGUUAGGAAAAUUAUGUGUACUUCAGGAAGCUUUCAAAAGAAUCUUGUCCCUGGUGACAGCAUUUUGUCGUGAAAGCAGUGUUUCCUCUCUGAGCUGGCUUGUUCAAGUUUGAUGAGGCUUCCACUGAGGGACUUGCCCAGGAGACAGUGGCUUUUGCAAAAUCUCUGAUCCUCCCUUGGUUACUUCUGCUGGUGACGUAUACUCAAAGGUUAGGUGCAUUUAUUUUUUAAGCAGACUUGAGAAUCUAGCAAUAAGAUUGAAAACUGAUCUGGGACAGAAAGUCACAGUUCAGAGACAGAGUAACAGGGAUCACAAAUGUAGGUUAAAAAUAAAUUACUGGCUUGGUUCCAAAUACAACCUUCCCAGGCUGCACUUCUUCAGGGCCCCAGCCCUGGUGGGGUAGAGCGUGUUCCUAAAAGGGUCCCUGGAUCCCUGGUAGUGGUGAAGGAAGCUGUAAGGAACAGUGCAGUGUCCCCUGCGGGCCUCAGGGAGAGGGCUCCACACAUGGACCUGCUGAGUCUGGCUCGGUGUGGGUGUUGCCUGGACCCUUUCCUUUGGGCGCAGGCACACGCUGACUUUUCCUCCACUGUGUGGGUGGCGUUGAGCGUGAGGCCUCAUCUUGAGCAUCUCCCCUGCAGAUGGGACACUAAGUGUGUCUUUCUGUCGGUUCCUGCCGCUGCAGGGCUCGUUGCUUCCUUCUGAGGCAGAGUCCUUGCGUCAGAUAUUGCUGAACAGCUCUGGGACAAGGGCAUGGGAGGUCAGGAUAUUGAUUUGGGGUUUUAGUUCCAUUAUCAUGCCAGCUGACAUUAUGACUAUGAUGUAGUUAGGAUUUUCAACUCGCUUGUAGUAAUGGUUAGGCCUGUUCAAUGUAAAUCUCACUGAUUUGGCAGGCUUACUUUUGACAUUGGAAAGGGCAGAAAACAGUUUGCCCCAGUGGUGUCAUAGGACUUGCAGCCCAGAGGCUGAAAUCCAAAAGCUCUCAAAAGUAGUUCAGCAGAGGGGAAAUGGGAAUUUCCAUUACUUUGAGUUGCUGUUUUCAGGAUCACCAAAAACAACAUGUAAUUUUGCAUGUUAAACCAUAACCUAUAACCUAAGCUUUCCAAGUAUGCCAGGCCGCCCUGCACGCAGCGCUCCUGCCUGCCAUGAGGUGAGAACAAAGGGAGUUCACAGCAGGAGUUCACGUCCUCUUAGGGGUGAAGCUGUUUUCCAGGUUUGAAAAGACCGUGUGUUGCUCAUUGACACUGCCUGCCUUCUGUCACUGUUAAAUUAGCGAGUCUGCAAAGUGUCUCUCAGAGGCCACUGGGCAGUGUGUGACUUUACUGAACUGCUGUGUCUCUGCACCUACCCCCUGCCCCAACCUGCCCUGCAUACAGACACACACGCAGUGUGCCGCCCUGCAUCUCGGAGCUUGCCGACGCUUCGUAGGCACACUGCUUUGCCAGGGAAGCAGCAUCCCGCCAGUCACAGCCAGCCAGAAGGGCAUAGAGGAUGCGCUCUAGCUCUGAUGGGCUAGAUGGCAGUGCUGUCAGAACACAGCGGAGCUAGCCCGCUGCUGUUUGAUCCAGCGGAGUGACCAGCAGUAGAUGCGUAAUUAUUACAGAAGAAAGCAAGAAUGAAACUAGCAAUUGUGUAAAUGAAUGUGUUGGCCUCUUAACACCUCUUACUAGUGGACUUCCUGUGAGGAAGUUAGUUUUGUUUUGUUUUAAUGAAAUGCUUUUGUUUUUAAAAUCUCAGUUCUCCUUUCCACACGCUCUGCUCCCAAGCCGUGCUUUUUUUCAUUUGCUUAAUUUAAUUGAACCUUUCUCUUUGCCCCAGGUGAUCUGGUGGGGGGUUGGUUUUGUGUUUUUUCUUCUUAAGGCGACCGUCGGCCUCAAGGGACCUCUCCUUUAGGUCAUGUUCCUCAGAAAGUCUUCAAUCUUCCUUUUCGUUUUGUUUUUCUUAAAGAAUAUUUUUAAAGCUUAAAUUUGUAUAUUAAUUUAGGACUUUAUUUAGAAGAAUAGGCUGUCGUUGGUGACAGCAGUAUAUUCUGAAAUGUCUCAUAGAUAUAUAUUUUUGAAUAAAGAUGUGUUGUUG